GAGCGUGUAGUAUGUGAUUGGCUGACGUGCGUGUGUGACGUUUCAUCAAAACAAAGCACGGUCGCGCGACCGAACAAGCAUUUUAUCACGGUAAUUCGUUGCGGGUGCAUCGUCUCUGCACUAACGGAGUUUACGAAAAAAAGUGUUAGUUAACUGUUUCAGAGUGUCGUACUAAGUUAAUAGUGGAGCGAGUGCCUUUGGCCAGUGUGAUGUCGUCCACCGUGAAAUUUACUUCGGAUGAGAGUCUAGGCGAGUCAUGGGUGGAACUGAAUCCUGUACCCGACAGGGUAACGCCACUACCGUUCGGUAGCGGCGGAGAGGAGUAUUUGCGACUUCUGAGAGAAGCACAAAGGGAUUCCACACAGUCUUCCCGCCGGGAUACACCGAGAGACAGCCCGAAGAGUCCACCAAACAGCCCCAACACGGAACUCUCAACCGAAGACGAACUCAAGGGUGUCUAUAUAAAUUACAGCUGUAAUAAGGAUCCCGAUCUAUUGGAGAAGAACACCGACUGGAUCUACGAAUGGAGUUCGCGCCCGGAUCAGGUGCCGCCAAAAGACUGGAAAUUCAAGCAUCCUCUAGGAAUGAACAAAAAAAAAUCAUACAGCAUUCGUACCACGAAAGUCGGCAAGAUUGGGUUGUUUUCUAAAGAGGUCCUCUACACUCUUUUUAUUACAAACAUUCUAUCUGUCUUGGUUGGCGCUGGCUUGGGAGUUUGGCUAACCAGGCGGGGAUCGAUAACGUCCAGCGUGACCAUUGAGUGAAAAAACAUAGCCAGGGACGCGAAUGUGAGGAUUGCUGCGCUUGAAUUUGCAAAAAGAAUGGAGUAGAGGAUUGUUCCAUAUUGAGCUACAAGAAAGACUGAAGAGCAAAGAGGGUCGAUCGAGCCUAAAAAAAAAAAAAGAAAAAGAAAUGAAACACGCAACACAAUUAUUUCGAUUACCUCCGAUUUUAAUAUUAGCACUAUUCGUUUUAACCUUUUCCCGCCCGCAAAACUUAACGGUGUACUUAUUGAACGCCUUAUUAUCCUAUAAGUCGUAUGCAAUUAUAUGCUUAGGGAGAAAAUGCUAAAAUAUGAAAAAAAAUGAAAAAAAACAUAAUAAGAA